AUGGAUUCUUCAAAUUCAGCUGAUAAACCCGUGAAGUUUAAUUUCACGAAGGACGGUUUAUUUACAUUCAAACGCUAUGAAACUAAUGAAGCUUCAGAACAGAAUUUAAUAUCACUUCGAAUUGGAAAGAUUCUUAUUGAAAUUAAAACACCUGAGUUGGCGAAUGAAGUUCGAAAGAUCUUGAGCUCGGCUUUGGAAAAGCAUGUAUCUAAAGAAGAAUUCCAAAAUCUGAAACGUAAUUCAAAAAUAACAAAUAAUGCUGUUUCAAUUACUCCUGAAACAGACCCAGCUAGUCACGAUAAUACUAAUCAACUCCCUAUGGUAUCAGAAAAUAUGGCAGUAUCAACUAAUUCUGAACAAAAAGUUAAUUUAAUGAAAAAGUUGAGUCAAUCACUUUCAGAUUCUGAGGAAGUUAAAGUUGCAAACAAAUGUACUUCCUCGAGUUCCUUCAAUUCUAUUCCGAUAGAAAAAUCAGAUAUAACUAUUUUAUCAUCUGGGGAAGAAGAUGAAAAACCACCUGUUACUGCAAAAAUGAAUCCUCAAGUUGCAGAAGAUCAGUUAUUGCAUUUAUACUCGUCUAUUAAUAAAAGUUUUAAAAUAAAGGAUUGUCAGACUGUAUACAUUGCAAAUAAUUUCAAAACUGAACCUGUCAGCGAUAUGUUAAUUACUGAGGAUGGAGUACUUGUGACUGUAAAAUUGUGUACACCGGAGAAAGUAAAUAUUGAUUUAAAAAUAGAAAAUAUUAUACAAUUUAUGUUCUACACCGGUGAAAGUUGUGCAAUGUUCAUAAUUUAUGAUAAUAUAGCUCUUGAAAGUAUAUUAAGUGCUUUCAAAAUCAAGGAAAAUGACGAAUUUUAUGAUCAGCAUUUUAAAAGUGCCAAUAGGAAUGUAAUGACAUCGUUUUUUUCUAUAAAAAAAAACGAAAAAAUAAAGUUCGAGUCAAUACUUUCUAAGUUACCCGAAGAAAAGAUAACGGUUAUUGCCAUAGACCGUGUUAUAAAAGUACUUCAAUUAUAUAACAUGGAUGAAAAGGAGGUCAAGAAAUUUGAAAAAGAAGAAUCACAUAUUACUUUUUGGUAUAGUUAUAAAUUAAGUAAAGCGAAUAAACGCCGGUCAUUGGUCUUCAGCACAAGCUUUUAUAAUUCUUUAACAAUGAAAUUUUCUAAUGAUAACGAUAAUACAUCAAAGAGAAGAUAUGAAAGAGUGAUACAAACAACUAAAAAUGUAGAUAUAUUCAAGAAAGAUUUUAUUUUUGUACCCAUUAAUGAAAAAUUUCAAUGGUUUUUGGCAGUGAUAUGUUUUCCUUACCUAUCAGAUGUAGUUAACUUUCGCGAUGAUUCACCACUCAACGUAUCUGAUAAUCUUGUUGAUGAGCAUCCACAGAAAAUAGUUGAAUUAAAAAAUGAAGAACGUUCUGAAGCUGAUCUUAAUAUUGAAGAUUUUAGGAUGUUCAUUUUAAAUACAAAAGAUAAACAAGGGGUUUAUUAUGACUCAGAUGUGAUAACUUUGAAAAAAAAAAGACGUGCACUAGUUAAACGGCCUUGCAUUUUAAUACUUGAUUCUUCAUCUGCUGGUUUUCAUCGUGCUAGAGUCACAGCCACGCUACGUGAAUGGUUACAUGAAGAAUACAUUGCUAAACACAAAGGCAAAAAAAAAGACUUUAGUUCUAAAGUCAUGAAAGGAUCUUUGGUUAAAGUACCUCAGCAACCUGAUAAUAUAGAUUGUAGUCUCUAUAUGAUUCACUUUUUAAAAAUGUUUUUUGAUAAACCGAUCAUCGACUACACUUUCCCAAUUUUUCACUUGGAAAAUUGGUUCUUUAAGGAUGACGUGGUUAAGAAUUGCCAAAAACGGAAAGAAGUCCUGAAUACUAUCAUAUCUAGAAUGAAUGUAUAUUUGCCUAAUAAUUACGAAUUGCCAGCUAUCAAAUUCGAUGAUUUUUAG